ACGUUCUGCACUCGGUUGAAUUAGCGCCGCGGUAUGCCAACCUCUCCUCGUCUUUUUUCACUUCCUCACUCUCCAGACUACACGUAUCUCUCCCUCCCAGUAUAUCAGCAUCGCCACCGCAACCUCUCUAGCUGCAUUUUUACACACACUCACACACUAGAAGAGAAAAUAAAGGAAAGAAAUUCUAGACUAAUGGAAUUGGAUGACGAUCACAACCCAGCCUCUCCACAUUCACUCAAAUCCAAGCUCAAAGACUCGCUCUGCUUCUACUGCUGCUUCCGCCGCCACCACCACGGCCAUCGCCAGGUUCUAGACUCUCCAACGGGACCGCCAACACCUCCUCUGCCGUCAGAUGACAAGCCCACUUUGCUCUGGCUGAAAACAAGGAAGGCCCAUGAUUUGAAAGACGAUAUAAAGGACAAGUGCAUGAUGGUUUUCGGCCGCGUUGGAAAUGGAAUCAACAGGCAUCAUAAAAGACACCCGUCUGCUGAAUUCAGAUACGACCCGCUGAGUUAUUCGCUGAAUUUCGAAGAUGGGUUCGACGAGGACGAUGAAUAUCCGUUGAGGAAUUUCUCCGCCAGGCUUCCUCCUUCCCAGCCUGUUGAAGCCUUGCCUGCUGUAAGAGAAAUCGCAGCUAUUAGCUGCAGAUGAAAUACUAGCAGUACAGAGUAAAAAAUUUAUGUUUCUUUUUCUGCUCAUGGAAACAUCAGAGUGUUUAAUAUAUUGAAUUUGAUAGAUAUUUCUGUUUCCUACUAAAUUCUUUCUUCGGUGUUUUGGUAGUCGGUUUUCAUUUAUGGUCAGGCUCAGCAUCAAAAAGUCCCAAAAAACAAAAAACAAAAAAAAAUUGGGCAGGCUGGGUAUGCCGUACACACCUGUACGGAAUGUUCUGUUCGACAUUCCUUCGUUUUAGUAGCUUUCUGUAGAUUUAUGGCGUUGCUGGUGAAGUUUUUGGGA